AUUACGCCAAUACAUUCGUGGAUAAUACAAUAUUGCGUGCAGUCGAAAAAAUUGAGAACGGUUAUUCGAUGGAGAACAAUUGUCCGGGCUGUGGGACCGGAAAUCUGCAGGUCAAUUCCGGCAGCGAGUGGCCAACGUCGGAAAAAAUGACUGUCAGGAUUGGCCUCCAAUGUGUGAAGAAAAUGAUGAAGAAUUGGAAAUGUGAACCGGCAAUGCGUGGCUGGAAAUUUUAUGCCGAGUUUAUAGGCCUCGACAGUGACGGAUCUUCUGACUUUUACAAUUACCAAGUACGAUGGAGUUAUCCAACACCUGCGUAUCCAGAACCUCAGGUCACCGUGAGCGUCUUUUUCACCGUAGAAGCGACAAAAUUGGAAUAUACCAAUUGUCCAGUCGAUGUAAUUUAAUUAUCUUAGCCGAUUUCUCGUUUAGAAUUACACGCGCCUAUCGUUUAUAAACAUUACUUUUUUAAGGAAGUUGAGGCAUUAGAACGAAAAUGAUGUCAUCGCUUUUAAACCGACUGCAUCUUAUAGAGUGAAGUGUAAAAAAAAAAUCAGUUAAA